AUGGCCUCCACUCGUGUCCUCGCCUCCCGCCUGGCUUCGUCCAUGGCUACCAAGGCCGCUCGCCCUGCCGUCCGCGCCGCCCCCAUGGCCGCCUCCAAGCGCACCAUCACUGGCUUCUCCAGCGCCCGCCCCCAGGUCACCCUCAAGGCCAACGCCAGCCGCAUGUUCCAGAACGCCCAGGCCAAGCGUGCCUACUCCUCUGAGAUUGCUCAGGCCAUGGUCGAGGUCUCCAAGAACAUCGGCAUGGGUUCCGCCGCCAUCGGUCUGACUGGUGCCGGUAUCGGUAUCGGUCUCGUCUUCGCUGCCCUCCUCAACAGCGUUGCCCGCAACCCUGCUCUCCGUGGCCAGCUCUUCUCCUACGCCAUUCUGGGUUUCGCCUUCGUCGAGGCCAUUGGUCUUUUCGACCUCAUGGUUGCCCUCAUGGCCAAGUUCACCUAA